UCGAAUCUGAACAUCUGCACCAUCGAACAGGACGUCCUGGACAGAUGCAAGAAGCUGCGCUUCCGCCGAAAAGAGAAUCCGUUCGCCAUUGUGUUGAAAAUCGAUCCCAAAAGUCGAGUCAUCAAGUUUGAGGAGGAUUUCGAGGACCUCACACUCGACGACUUACAGGAUGAACUGCCUGAUCAGAGCCCACGGUACCUGCUGUACAGUUUCACGCACGACCACGGCGAUGGUAGGAAGUCUGUGCCUAUGAUAUUCGUCAUGAUUGCACCCGAAGGGCCAUGA